AUGGACGGCGCCAACCAGGGGUUCCAACCAAAUCAGCAGCAGCAGCAACAACAGCAACAACAGCAACAGCAACAGCAACAGCAGUUUAGAAUGCAGAUCUCUCAGAAUGAUCGGAUCCAAUUCAUCAAGGUGUUGAUUACGUCUCUUCAGAAGAUUCAAGGCCCCAGUUUCAAUAUCCAGAAGAUUAAACCGGUAGCUGACGAGUUUGAAAAAUAUGCUUUUGCCAAUUCCUCUAGUAAAGGCCAGUAUGUUGAAUUUCUUAAGAAUAAAAUCACCAGUUUAACACAAGCAAAGCGAAACCAAUCCCAACAGGUCUCACAGCAAAUGAUGCAAGCUCAGCAAGCUCAGCAGGCCCAAGGCCAGCCACAGAGAAUGCCGCAAAUACAACAGCCUUUACAACAGCCUAUGCAAAACCCUCAGCAAAAAUUUACUAUGCUGCAACAACAACAACAACAACAACAACAACAACAACAACAACAGCAGCAGCAGCAAGCACAAGCACCUUCGCAGCAGUUAGACUCAAAGAGUAUAAGCUUUCAGAAUAUUCCCAUUCCAAGAGAGUUGUUAAUGAAACUGCCUAAAGUCUUUCCAACACAUUUGAAUACUUGGCAUCAAAUUAUGCCUUAUCUAAGGAAUAAUCAACUAAGUCAAAAUGAUUUAGAAAUUAUUCGGAAGGUCCACAUGGCCCAUUUGAACUAUUUCAAGCAAAAUUUUGCUAACCAAUCGCAAACCCCACAACAACUCCAACUACAACAGAAGCAUCAGCAGCAACAGCAGCAGCAACAACAACCACAACAAUUACAACCACAACCACAAUCACAACCACAAUCCAAAUCCAAUGUUGCAUUAAAUCCCCAACAAAUUUUAAUGAUGAAGCAACAAAGUCAUCAGCAGCAACAACAACAACAAGCCGCUAUGGCACAGGCAGAGGCUGCACGGAACGCUCAAGCAGCAGCCCAAGCCCAUGCCCAGAUGAAGGCGCAAGCUCAAGCUCAAGCAGCAGCUCAAGCCCAAAUACAAGCGCAAAUGCAGGCGCAGCUACAGGCACAGAAUAUUCAGAAUCAAAAUAAGAUGAAUCCGAACAUGCAGGCAUCACAACAACAAAUGUCUAAGAUGAAGCAAGCGCAAAUUAAUGCUUACAAAGCACAAGCUGUUCAAGUUAUCCGGAAACUACAAAGUGCUGGAAAAUUACCUGUAACUUUGACACCUGAACAAGAAGCUAAUUAUGUUAAGAAAUAUUUACUGCAUAUUCUUCAAAAUUCAAAUAAAGAGCAACAAAAACAGGCUCAUCAGAAUCUUCAACAACAACAACAACAACAACAACAACAAACACAACAACAAACACAUCAAAAUAAUCAAUCGAACCAACAAUUGCAGCACCCUCAAAUAUCUCCAAAUAUGGGAUUUAACCAAACUAUGGAUAACAUGUCGCCUAUGAACCGAAGAAAUGUGAGCAUGGGUAUGAAUUCAGGAAAUGUAGAUAUGACUAAGAUGUCUAGUCCUGUGGUGCCAAUGUCCAACUUGAAUACAAGUGUCUUGAAUAAUAAUCAGCAGAUGAACAAUUUCUCUUCACCCACAAUUCCCAAUCCUCAGAUGAUUAUGAAUAACCAAAUUGCCAAUCAGCAGCAGCCGCAAUUAUCGCAAUCCGUGGAUUCUCAGUUUUCACUCCAACAAACAGCUCAGCAGUCUUCUACAAAAAGAACUGGUGGCAUUGUAAACCAACAGUUGCCUACUAAUCAAAAUAAUUUUGGUAAUACGAUAAACAAUCAGAUUGGCAAACCAACAUCAGCUUCUUCAAUUGGCGCAAAACUGUUGCCGGGUUUGAAAGCGACUCCUGAAGAUUGGGAGUCGUUGAAGAAAAUCUACAUGGAAACUAUCCAAUCACCUAUUGUAUUGAAAGAUGUUACCAAUCAAUUAUUGGAUGAUGAAAAAGCUAGAAUUAUUGGUCUAGCCAAGCAAUCUAAGCAGCUAAUGAUUUUGUGUCAAACUAUGAUUAUUCCUAACUUUUACUUUAUUACUAAGCAGAGAGUCCCAACAGAGAAAAUUAUUUAUAAUGAACUCAUGUUGAGACAAUUUUUAGAAAAGUUAACAAGCUCAAGAGUUUUUGUUGCUAAUGAGGAAUUGCUAAUUAAGAUCCAUGAUCAUAUCAAAAAAUAUUUACAAUUUGUGAGAGACCAGAGCAACAAAAUUAUUAAGGCUCAAGUCUUGGAACAACAAAGCAGAGUUAACAAACUUCAGCAGCAGCAACAACUCCAACAGCAGUAUGCUGACAACAUGAACGGCCCACCAAAGGGCACAUUUAAUCAAAUGCCUGCAAAUUUAACUCCAACUAUGAUGCAAGUUAAUAUGCAACAGCAAAUGAUAAAAGGUAACCAGGAAUCCGUAGUAACUGGUCAACCAAUUGGUUUUACUCCCCAGCAGAUACCAUCUUCGACUGUACCUACUCCAACGGCAGGACCUAACCCAAGCUUGAAGGCUGCAUCACCACCAAAGCAAGCCAAGAAACCAAGGAAAAAAGCUACACCAAAGUCAACCGUUAGUGGUAAUGGUAAAACAUCUGCUUCUAAUACGCCGAAUUCUACCACCCCAGGUUCUAAACCUGCUACAGAAAAUACCAGUGCCACGAAUCUUCAAAUGAAAUCUAGUUUGUCAAAUAAAAGCCAAGACAGUAGUGCUUCGAUGACUAACGAAAUUCAAAAUAUUCUUAAAACCAACAAUGAAUUGAUUGAAAAGGAGGAGCUAAGAUUGAAGAAUAUCGAUAUUGCAAGAGCUCGUCGUAGAGCUCUUGUGCCUGUUCCAACAACAAAUGCUAAAUCCACACCUGCUAGUGCUAGUUCUCCUGCUAAAUCUGCUGCUACUGCUACACAUUCAUCCAUCACUGGAGCGGCAGCGUAUUUUCUAGCUACGUUGAACGAUACAUUAGGGUUAGAAUCAGAGGAAAAAGCAAUUGUUACAAAUGCCACAAGCAAGAGUACGCUACCUAAAUCCAAAUCUUCGAGUCUUAGGGAUCACCCGAAGGUUCUGACGCCGUCUGCUGUUUUGGCUACCCCCGUCGGCUUAAAUGUUAAAACUCCUGUUAACAAAUCAACAAUUACUGAUGAAGAAAACAAGGUUACCCAGUGGAAGGGUAAGAUAUCUGCCAACUUAAUCUCCAAUGCAUUCAGACCUGUUAUUCAUAUCAACACUAGUAUUUCCCCCAAGAUGUUGCAGAGUGGAAAAUUCUUUACAAAGUCCACCCCUUCUAUGUCUGGUGGUAAAAAUCUAAGCUUCCUUGAAGUGGUCAAGGAGAAAACAGCUAACAAACGUGCUUUGGAACUUAUAAUUCCUACAACGGAAGGUUCUAACUGGACUGGUAAUUCUAGUAAUAUAUGGAGCUUCGGUAAUAACGAGAACAAUAGAAAAGAUGUCUCUAAGAUAUAUCCGACACCUCCAGAAGAUGCGAAUGAGGCCAAGAGGAGGAAGUUGAACAAUAGCAGUAGUGUUGAUUGUGAUAUUUUUUGGGACUUUGACCGUGUUUAG